UUCUUGGCUUCGAUUUUUUUUCUUUAAAUGUUGCAAUUAGGGGCUUGGUUUGUAUGCGGGAUUUUUAAAAAUUCCCUAUCUUGUGCCACACUCGUAACUUUUUAAGGAUUUGAAAGCAAGCUUGUUUUUCUUUUUACACUUUUUUUUUUUUACAAUUCUUCCCUCCAAGAAGAGGGUUUUUAGAAAAAAAAUAAAAGACAAGUAAAGGAAAGACACAAGCAACUAACUUUUUUUCUCCACCUCCCCACCCCCUAAAAGGAAAUAAUAAAAGCUUUGGAUGAAGAUUGUACCAAGGAAAGAAAACUGCAGACACCUUAUCAAGGCCGUUUAUCCGAGCCACAAAUAUGAUGAUGAAAGAAGAUUGUAACUAAAGAAGAGAUUGAUUUACUGCUUUGGAAAGCAGAAGAGUGUGGAAUAAACAACGGAGAUCCGGUCAAAUAUCAAAACAUUGAUAUCUUCCCCCCUUUCCCCCCUCAAGAACAGGAACUGAAAUCCAUUACAAGACCCAGCGAUUUUACUUGCAUUUUCUCUCCCCCGCUCCCCCGGCACAAAACCACCUUCUGAUCGCGAAGCGCUUAUAAUUUUUUCCUUUUUUUCCCCUCCUCCUCCUCCGGCGUACCGUUUCUUCGGCUCCUGCCGCCGCUUGCUGCUGCUGCUGCUGGUCUCUAAAAGUGCAUUGAUUGGGCUGCGGAAGGAGGUAUGGAUGAGCAGUCCAGGAUGUUGCAGACUCUGGCCGGCGUGAACCUGGCUGGCCACUCGGUGCAGGGGGGCAUGGCUCUGCCUCCUCCCCACGGACACGAAGGGGCAGACGGCGACGGCCGAAAGCAAGACAUAGGAGACAUCCUGCACCAGAUCAUGACCAUCACGGACCAGAGCUUGGAUGAGGCGCAAGCAAAAAAGCAUGCAUUGAACUGCCACAGAAUGAAGCCUGCUUUGUUUAGUGUCCUCUGUGAAAUCAAAGAGAAAACAGGUCUCAGCAUUCGAGGAGCUCAAGAGGAAGAUCCUCCUGAUCCCCAGCUAAUGCGGUUGGACAAUAUGCUUCUGGCAGAAGGGGUUUCAGGUCCUGAGAAAGGUGGAGGAUCGGCAGCAGCAGCAGCAGCAGCGGCAGCUUCUGGUGGGACUUCAGAUAACUCUAUCGAACACUCAGAUUACAGAGCCAAACUCACCCAGAUCAGACAGAUCUAUCACACGGAGUUGGAGAAAUAUGAACAGGCAUGUAAUGAAUUUACCACGCACGUGAUGAACCUUCUCCGAGAGCAAAGCCGAACGCGUCCAAUUUCUCCAAAGGAGAUUGAGAGGAUGGUGGGCAUCAUCCAUCGGAAGUUCAGCUCCAUUCAGAUGCAGCUCAAACAAAGCACUUGUGAAGCAGUCAUGAUCUUGAGAUCACGGUUCCUUGACGCCAGGCGGAAAAGGCGUAACUUCAGUAAACAAGCCACAGAAAUCUUGAACGAGUAUUUUUACUCUCACCUCAGCAAUCCCUACCCCAGCGAAGAAGCCAAAGAAGAGCUGGCAAAGAAAUGCAGCAUCACAGUAUCGCAGGUAUCUAACUGGUUUGGCAACAAGAGAAUCAGGUACAAGAAGAACAUAGGGAAAUUUCAGGAAGAAGCCAACCUCUACGCAGCAAAAACAGCAGUGACUGCAGCACACGCCGUGGCAGCAGCCGUCCAAAACAACCAGACAAACUCUCCCACCACACCAAACUCUGGUUCUUCUGGUUCUUUUAAUCUCCCUAAUUCUGGGGACAUGUUCAUGAACAUGCAGAGUCUGAAUGGGGAUUCUUACCAGGGGUCCCAAGUCGGAGCCAAUGUGCAAUCACAGGUGGAUACCCUGCGUCAUGUUAUCAAUCAGACGGGAGGAUACAGUGAUGGCUUGGGAGGAAAUUCGCUGUACAGUCCACAUAAUUUAAAUGCUAAUGGAGGCUGGCAGGAUGCGACUACUCCAUCUUCUGUGACCUCCCCAACAGAAGGCCCGGGAAGUGUGCACUCCGAUACCUCUAACUAAUGUCCUCGCAACACUUUUUGUCCAUCCCAUCCCCACCCCACCCCAAGCUGAGAUGCCUUCCUUCAGUGCAUUGAGAAUCGCAGGAGGAAGGAGAAAAAACAGAUUCCAGAAAGAUUGUGUGUGUGUGUGUGCGCGCGCACGCGUGGUUUUUCUGUUAGCCAACCACCUCUGGCUUUACUGCAAAACCCUGUCUUACGAGAGAACUCGAUAAAUCUGUUUUUUUCUUUUUCUUUUUUUAAAGGUAUCUUAAUCAUUUGCAUAUAUUCUUAAAUACCACAGUUAUGUGCACACUCACACAAUGUUAAGGAGGAAAAAGAAAGAAAAACAAGCACUUUAUCCAACUCGGCCAAGAUUUAGCAUCGUUUGUAACCCUGUAUCUAUUUUAAAAAUAAUUUAUUACCAGCAGGUUUUGCAAGGAUGGUCUACUAGUUGCUGCUUGGCCUCAGAGGAGAAAUUUUAAAAAAUCAUUCUUAAGAAUAACCUCAAGUGACAGAAACCAGGCUUGUGGGGUGCUUCACCCAAACUGGACUUCCAUCAAGAGCCGAAGUGAAUUUUAGACGCUGAUUGUCUUUUAUUUAGGUUUUUCCUCCCUCCCUCAUAUCUCUUUUAGAGCGGGGAUAAUUUUUUCUUCAGUUAGGAUUAUUUUGGCUAGCAGUUGCGUGUUUUGUUUUUAAAGCAUCCUUCUUGGUCUCAAAUUUUGUUGAGAUUCAUUAGGUUAUCAAAGUAGCUUAGAAACCGGGGGGGUGGGGGGCAUAGCUCUUAUUUUAAUCUUCAUUUAAUGUACCAUGGUGCAGAGCCCAUCCCCCUCUGCAAGUCAUCGGCGCGCACAGACGAUUCAUAUGAGAUGGAGGUACUUGCUGCUCAUUUUGCAAAAGCCAAGCCGCUGGGUUUUACAGUACAAGCCAGGUGCCGAGAGCUUUCACCAGGGUUUGCCAUCGCUUCUUGGUGCCCACAAGAAGCAAAAAGGCACCGUUCUCUGAAGUGUUGUAUAUAGUGUAGCAAAAGAGUAUUUAUACAUCUCACCAAUCAAAACACAGCUUUAUUACCUCAUGCGAACUCAUAUGAACCAAUAGAAACAUGUUCUGUAGCUUAGAGUGCUCACUUACUACCUCUAAACAAUAUUCACUCUGUUCUUUGUCUUUUUUCCCCCCCUUCCCUAAAUCAAUUUUUUUUUUCUUUUUUGGGCAUCUUGUAAUUAACUCUUUGGUUCCCUUCAUGAAAUGUAAUGUACAUUGUAAUCUUUUAAAUAAAAGUUUUUAAAAAUC